AUGAUCACCUAUACCUUCCUCCCGCUCCUUGCCCUUGUCUCUGCUGCCGUCGCAGAACCGCUGCACGUACCCCCGCCCCUCCAUGUCCCCAUCCGCCGUCGCUCCGCAGGCAGCGCAGCCUCCAUCGACCGCUUCGCCGCCCAUGCCGACUAUGUUCGCAACAAGUAUGGUUUUUCCCCCUCGUCUGCCUCCGUGAAGCGUGCUGGCCAGACCGUCGGCUUCUCGAUCAUCGACCAGCAACAAGACGCGUCCUACCUCGGACAGGUCACUGUCGGCACCCCGCCCCAGUCCUUUAAGGUUGUCCUCGACACCGGCUCUUCCGACUUCUGGCUCGCUUCCAGCGAUUGCGUGUCCUGCGGUUCCACCCCGCCCUUCGACCCCAACGCCUCGUCGUCCAUCAAAGCGCUCACCAGUGCCUCUGGCAGCACCCAAUCCAUUCAAAUCAGCUAUGGCAGUGGACAGGUCGCCGGUAUUCUCGCCUCUGACACCGUCUCUAUGGCUGGCUUCACCGUCAACCCCCAGACGAUGGUCGUCGUCGAGCAGAUGACGACUGGCCUCCUAUCGGGCGACGUCUCGGGCAUCAUGGGCCUCGCCUUCCAGUCUCUCGCCUCCACCCGCGCGACCCCUUUCUGGCAGGCCCUUGUGAACGGUGGCCAGUGGGCAUCUCCCGAAAUGUCGUUUUGGCUCGCCCGUCACAUUGACGACAGCCCGACCACGGUAGAGCAGGACGGCGGAGUGAUGACGCUUGGCGGCACGAACUCAACGCUCUUUACCGGCGACAUCGAGUUCAACUCACUCACCAGCGUGAGCAGCUCACCCACGUUCUGGAUGCUGGAGAUGACCAGCGCUACCGUCAAUGGCAAGUCGGUGUCAAUACCCACCGGUUCAAACGCUCUCUCUGCCAUCGACACCGGCACCACACUCAUUGGCGGCCCCUCUGACGCGGUCACGGCCAUCUGGCAGACGGUGGACGGCGCGAAGGCACUCACUGGGCAGUUCGAAGGAUUCUGGGCGUUCCCCUGCAGCACCAGCGUCCAGAUUUCGCUCGCUUUUGGCGGGAAGUCGUGGCCCAUCAGCGACGCGGACAUGAACCUCGGCAGCAUCUCCUCGGGGUCGAACCUUUGCCUGGGCGGUAUCUUCGACCUCAACCUCGGGUCCAACGUCGGCAGUGGCAGCGGGAAUCCCGUUUGGGUUGUCGGUGACACCUUCCUCAAAAACGUGUACUCCGUCUUCCGCUCGGACCCUGCCGCCGUUGGCUUCGCCGAGCUCUCCGCUGCCGCCGGUGGCUCCUCGGAUCCUUCGACGCUUUCUUCAUCGGCUUCUGGUCCUACUUCUUCGUCUGUUUCUGUCGGGUUCUCUGGGUCUUCUGCUGCCUCUUCAGGUACCCCUUCAUCUUUCCCCUCAUCCGCUAAUGUGGGCGCAACCGGCAACCCUAUCCCUUCAGGUAGCUCGGGGACGACUUCGGGUUCUGCCCUCAACCCUACAAAGUCGGGCAACAGCGCUAGCUCGUUCGUUCACCAGUCAGGUGGCCUUGCCGGAGUAGGCGCGUCUCUGCUCAUGACUGUUCUUGCGGGCUACUUCGUGCUUGCAUGA